AUGCUGCACUUGCCACAGUCCAUAUGCGACGGUGUAAUUUACUGUGGUAAGGGGGAUGGUGGACUAGGAGUCCCGAGGCUAGAGUUUCUAGUUCCUCGUGUGGCACUCGGCCUGGGCCUCCGGUUUCAAGACUCGCCGGACCCGGCCAUCCGAGCUCUGUACGGUUGUACUAGUACUACUGCGAAUCUCCGUAGGACCGCCAACUCAGUAAGGGUAAAUUAUCCUUAUACCACCGCCUAUUUGCGGCAAUUUAAAAAUCGGUGUGUGAGAGCAGAGCUCACCAGGUGGGAGAACCUAGGCUCGCAGGGCAAGGCCGCCCUUUCCUUCAGAGGCGACAGAGUGGGGAAUGCAGUGAUGUAUGAACCGUCUCUGUUGAGGCCUUGUACAUUCACGACGGCCUUGCACCUUCGUACGAAUACAGGAGGAAAUCGUACCACCAUCAACAGGUACUCCCCCCAACCGGAUCUGACAUGCCGCAGGUGUGGCGCCAAGCUUGAGACACUUGGGCGAGUGCGUGAGCACAAAGCCUAG